UUGCACUUACAAGCUCGAUCUCUCACCCACGAAAAACCAACAUGUUUAGCAUCAAAUCACAAGUAGAAUCCGGUUGUCUCACUUAUGUUCCACCCAAAUAUGUGUUUGAUAAAAGCUCCAGUAAUUGCAUUUCCUCGGAAGCAGAGACGAUCCCAACCAUAGAUGUUUCCUUGCUGACCUUUGGUACUCCCGAUCAACGGUCCAAAGUCAUCCAAGACAUUGGCAAUGCAUGCCGCGACUGGGGUUUCUUUAUGAUAAUAAAUCAUGGUGUGCCAGAGACGCUAAGAGAUGAGAUGUUGAAAGGAUGCCAAAGUUUCUUUAACCUAACCGAGGAGGAAAAGAAAGAGUUUUCAGGAAAGCAAUUAUUUGAUCCCAUAAGCUAUGGAACAAGCUUCAACACAAAUAUUGACACAUCAUUUUUCUGGAGGGACUAUCUAAAGGUGUGGGUUCAUCCCAACUUCCGUGCUCCUCACAAACCUGCUGGUUUCAGUGAAACCGUACGAGAAUUUAGCAAGCGAAGCAGAGAAGUGGCGAGUGAAUUGGUGAGAGGAAUAUCAGAAAGCUUGGGAUUGGAAGAAAGGUACAUAGAGGAAACAUAUGAUUUAGAGGUGGGGUCUCAACUGCUGGUCGUGAAUCUGUACCCGCCGUGCCCGGAGCCGGAGGUUGCAAUCGGUCUGCCCCCUCACACAGACCACGGCAUCUUGACCCUUCUUAUGCAGAAUGAGCUUUCCGGCCUUCAAGUGAUGCACAAUGGGACGUGGGUUCCCGUCAACGAUCCCCCGCCCAACUCUUUUCUUGUCAACAUGGGAGAUCACAUGGAGAUAUUGACCAACGGGAAGUACAAGAGCGUGGUGCACCGAGCGGUGGUGAACAACAAAGAGACAAGAAUUUCGUUGGGAACAGCGUACGGGCCACCGCUGGAUACUGUCGUAAGCCCUGCGCCGGAGUUGGUGGAUUGUGAAAGCUGCGGCUCUGCAUAUCGUGGAAUCAAAUAUAGGGACUACUUGGUGCUUCAGAAAACCAAUCAUCUUGACAGCAAAUCGUGCUUGGAUCGUGUUCGCAUUUGAACCAUACAAACUCAACUGCCUUAUCCAUAAAUGGAUCAUAAAUUAAGUUAUCUCAAAUCAGAUAUGAUAUUUGUUUUUCCUUUUUCUUUUAGAGAUGACAACUGCCACGCAAGUAAUACUCUAGCCUUAUUCCUCCCCAUCCAACAAUAAAGAAAAGAGCAAGGGGUAGUCUUCUUUUUA